AUGCAUAGGUUUAACAUGAUUUGUCCAAACAUAUGCUAUGCACACUUAGCUGCAACUCAGUUGGGGCAGUUCAUGAAAUUCGAGGAUAAAUCUGAGACAUCCUCAAGCCAUGGUGGACUGAGUGCUGCAGGAGCUGUACCUGUCCCCCAGCUUCCAAAAUUGCAGGAAAGCUUGGACAAACUACUCAAAGAGCAUCAAAUCAUAUUGGAGGAAAGCAUCAUAGUCAUUCAGACAGUGCACCUACAAGGAGUCUAG